UCCGCGCUCUACGACGCUGCUAAUAAACACGUCACCCAGAGCUCGGUCCGAGUCAGGCGAAGUGCGCAGCUCCGAAUUGUGUAACUAACAGCCUCGGCAUGCUCGCGGAGGCCCGAGGAGUUGUCGCGCGCACUCAGCAGUACAGUAAGGUUUCCGUGGGAUAGCUGUGUCAGUUUUCGCUGCUGGGACGCCUUUGCUGCUGUUUUUCGGAGAGCGGGGACGCGGAGUUCUGCGCGUGAGCCGCUGGAGUGAAGGUGUUUUAGGCGAUGGAGGUGAUGGAGGAGGCAUCCGGUGCUCGCCUCUGUCCCGCUAAAGCCCCGGGCAGCCUGAUGAAGUGGAGGAAGAGGGUCAAGUCUGAGUACAUGAGGCUCAGGCAACUGAAGCGCUUCCGCAAGGCCGAGGAGGUGAAAGCUCUGUUCCUGUCAAACAGGCGCAAGAUCGAGGGAAGGACGGACCUGUUAAAUGAGGAGUGGUCUAAGCUCAGGAUCCAGUCCAUCCCUCUGUCCACACCGAGUGGCUCACUGGCCAGCAAGAAGUGCAUGGUGGAGUUCGGCUUUCCAUCAUUCCCCAGCCAGGCAGUUGCCAUGAAACCCCUGACAACCGUUGCCGGGAUACCAUUCAUGUACUCCUGGUCCCCCUUGCAGCAGAACUUCAUGGUGGAGGACGAGACAUUUCUCCACAACAUCCCUUAUAUGGGUGAUGAGGUACUGGAGCAGGAUGAAGCUUUUCUUGAGGAGCUCAUAGAUAACUAUGAUGGAGUCCAUGGGGAUAGAGCAAUUUAUUAUGAGAUGUACACAAACCCAGAAGAGAUCAGGAGAGGGGACAGAGGCUUCAUAAACGAUGAGAUCUUUAAGGAGCUAGUGGAGGCGCUCAGUCAGUAUUCGGAUCAGGACGAGGAUGAGGAGGAGAGCACGGGGGAGGAGGAAGAGAAGGAGGAAGAGGAAGAGGAGGAGAAGGAGCGAUGCCUGAGGAAGAGCGCAGGAGAGGGUUUGGCGGAGAACAAGGCCGGAUCUCUGGCCUUUAAGAGGAAGCGCAGGAGAGUCACUGAGGGCAGUGAGCUGUCUCUCAGUAAGAAAAUGCCUCACGACAAGAUCUUCACCGCCAUUGCGUCCAUGUUCCCUUACAAAGGCACGACGGAGGAGCUCAAGGAGAAGUACAAGGACCUGCUGGAGCCUGCGAGUGCAGUCAAGCUUCCUCCUCUCUGCACACCCAACAUGGACGGCCCCUUCGCCAAGUCUGUGCAGAGAGAACAGAGUCUGCACUCCUUCCACACACUCUUCUGCCGCCGCUGCUUCAAAUACGACUGCUUCCUCCACCCAUUCCACGCCUCCCCUAACGUCUAUAAGAGGAAGACUAAAGAGAUCCGGAAGGAGACGGAGCCCUGUGGAUUAGACUGCUUCCUGCUACAGAAAGGAGCGAAAGAGUUUGCGGACCAGUACAUGUUGAGGUCACGGAGGUCUCGUCGGCGCCGUCGUCAGCCACGCCCCUCCAGCUCAGCAGGCCCCGCCCCAUCAGGGUCAGCCGAGGAGAGGAAGGAUGGAGAGAGUGACCAUGAGACCACAAGUUCCUCUGAGGGUAACUCUCGGUGUCCCACCCCCACCAAGCUGAGGCAGGGUGAGGAGCUGGCGGAGGAAGGCGAGUCUCCUCUGCAGUGGAGCGGCGCAGACGAGUCGCUCUUCAGAGUUCUGCACGGAACGUACUACAACAACUUCUGCUCCAUCGCACGCCUGCUAGGCACAAAGACCUGCAAACAGGUGUACGAGUUUGCCGUGAAAGAGGUACUGAUCCAUCGAGUUCCUCUGGAAGAUGGAGGCAUCUCCCCGCAAAAGAAGAAAAGAAAACACCGGUUAUGGGCCAAGAUCCAGUUGAAAAAAGAUAAUUCGUCCAAUCAGGUGUACAACUACCAGCCGUGUGAUCACCCCGAGCAUCCGUGCGACAGCUCGUGUCCAUGCGUGAUGACCCAGAACUUCUGCGAGAAAUUCUGCCAGUGUGAUCCAGAGUGUCAGAACCGUUUCCCAGGCUGCCGCUGUAAGACGCAGUGUAACACUAAGCAGUGUCCGUGUUACCUGGCCGUGCGCGAGUGCGACCCCGAUCUCUGCUUGACCUGUGGAGCAUCGGACCACUGGGACAGCAAACAGGUUUCCUGCAAGAACUGCAGCAUCCAGAGAGGACUCAAAAAGCACCUGCUCCUGGCUCCAUCGGACGUAGCAGGAUGGGGAACUUUCAUCAAGGAGCCGGUUCAGAAAAACGAGUUCAUCUCGGAGUACUGUGGAGAGCUUAUUUCCCAGGAUGAAGCAGACAGAAGAGGCAGAAUCUACGACAAGUACAUGUCCAGCUUCCUGUUCAACCUGAACAAUGACUUCGUGGUGGACGCGACACGGAAAGGGAACAAGAUUCGCUUCGCCAACCACUCGGUCAAUCCCAACUGCUACGCAAAAGUCGUCAUGGUGAAUGGGGACCACCGCAUCGGGAUCUUUGCCAAACGGGCCAUACAGCAGGGAGAGGAGCUGUUUUUCGACUACAGUACAUCCCUGGAUCCCUCGUAGGUACAGUCAAGCCGACGCUCUCAAAUACGUGGGCAUAGAGAGGGAGAUUGACGUGGUCUGACUUUCCAACCUUCCGCCUUUCCUGCCCACAAUGCACCUCUCCUCACUCAAGACCACGUUUCUAUAAUGUGGUUGCCUGGAUACAUCUUCGGGUUACAAGAAGGGAUUCUGUGAUGUCAUAACAUUACGAUAACGGUUUGAUAUCAAAGAAUCGCUCAUCACAAAAAAUAUCCAAAAUGAAAAACAAAAAAAGGGGGUCACGUAACCCCAUGUUUCGAUUACAGAAGGAUUUCAUUGAAUUAGAAUGGUUUUGUUGGUGUGUAAAAUAAAAUAAAUAAAUAAAAGGACGCUAGUGUUCUUAAUAGAAGUCACUCUUACGAUCAACAAUUUCCAAGAAUAUUAGAAGGAAAUAUUAAAAAUAUUUUAAUACAAAAAAAAAAAAAAAGAGAGAAUAAGCUAACUGCGUUAGCUUAUUCAACUAAUAGCUAAUACACUAAUUAGCGGUGUAUUAGCAUUCCCAGCGUAACCUGACAAAGUACAGGAAUUCGAAACAAAUCCGAUCUCCAGCUAUAAAAGUUACAGAUCGCUAAAUAUACUAACUUAGCGGUAUCUGUUAUGCUAGCAGCAUGUAGGCUAGUACAGGAAAUAACAGCAUAUGCUAUCGUACUAAUGUAAACGGCUGACGUUCUACUUAAGAACUAGCUAGUCAUAAAUGGUACAGUAGCACUUGCGACAGACCUAGCGUACGGAUGAUUCGCCAAGUAACGCGGGAAUAUUUGUACUUCAUGUCCACUUAGCUAUGCUAUAGCGCUAACAGAUUCUGAAAAGUUUUUAAAUAAAAAUCACCUCAGACAGCGGUGUCCUUUCCAUCACUCACGUUUUUUUUUUUUUGUUCCCUGACAAGAAAGCAUCAAAAGCUGCUAGUUUGGCUAAUCUGGAGCAGAGAGCGUUCUUCUCUUCAGUUAACCUGUGGUAAACUCUGUACACAAGCUUCUGAAUAGCAGUUUUAGCAUCCUAAUAUAGUCUACAUUAUGUAUAGUUGCAAACUAGGAGACAUAUUUAUGGUUGCUGUUUUAGUUUUGUUCAGUUUAUUCACACGGAAAUGAAUGAACUUCACAUCUGCAAUAACGUUAUCUUUAGCUAAAAUGCAGUGUAGUGUAACGUUAGCCUGUUACUCUAAUCCGCAACGCUUUGCCGUUGGCUACUUUUGACAUUCAAGCUUUAUUUGUUUGAAAAUGUUUCUAUAACGCUGCCAUCUCAUAUCAGCUACGCUAAUCUGCAUCUCACCGGGAUCCCCGGCUAUUCCAGCGCUAAGCAUCUCGGCUAUGGCUAACUAUGUAGCACAAACAUAUACUUAUUUGUAGGAUGUAAACUAGCAACAAUGGCAGGUAUCUGCAGGGUUGCCAGGUCUCAGCAGAAGUUCUAGCCCAACUACAUCUUUGAAGAGAAAAAAUGUAAAAUGAAUACAUUUUAAAAUAAAAACACAAUAUGACCUGCCCACGGAAUUGAGGAAUUGAAAUCAGGAAACAUUUCUGAUCGACAGUAUCUGCAACACAUCUUUUAAUUCACCUGGAACACACAUUAUCCUCUCUAUAAUCCCCCUUAAUGUUCCAGUACAUCAUAGAUACACUGUCUGCACUUAGACUUUUGCACCCUUUGGUUGCAAUUGCUUAUGUCGGAAAUUAGAUUUCAUUAGAAUUAUUUGCUUUAAAUCAAGAAGAAAGAAAGAAAGAAAGAAAGAAAGAAAUCCUGCACAUGUAGUAAAAAAAUAAAAAAAUGGUGUGACCCUGGCAACCCUGGGAAUCCGUUAUGUUUUAGACUUUAUAACACAUCUGGUAUUCUGUAACAAGAAGCAAAAAAAAAAACAAAAAAAAACAACAACAAAGGAACCAUACAAGCCGACAAGGUGAAUGUGCUCGUCGGGCUAAUGACGACGAAGGAAAGAAGUGCGCGAGAUUCGUUCGUAGGGUCGUUUUAUUUGAUUUUUUUCUCAAAGAGCGAGUAGGUCCUGUAAUUAUUCCUUUCAUGUGUAUUAAACGACGAGCUAAACCAAACUAAAUCCACCUAACCGACUGACUAUUUAGUGCGUUUUCCCACACAGGACAUCCGAGAACGCCGCGAAUACGCUAACCACGUUAUCAUUUCUGUAAUAUUAAAGAAAGCAUGCUAAGAAGAAGAAAAAAAAAGAGAACACAAAUCAUAAUGCGUUGCUGCAUCUGUUAAUGACCGAAUACUUAGUUUAAUCCUAUUAACCACACGUAAUCUUCAGCGCGUAAUAUCUGUGCAUCAUACUGCUUGAUACGAUAUUUCACUUCUAUUAUGUUUAGCUCCAUUUUUUUUUUUAUUUUUUUU